AAUAGCCAAAAUAAACAAGUCAAAAUCUCAGAAACGUGCUGGUUGAGAAGAAGAUGACUAUGAUAUGGAUCCUCACCCUCCUCUGGAUCGGCACCCUCAUGGAAGUAGAGGCAAGAGUCCGGCCCUACAUCCACCCAUUUUUUCUAAUUGUCUGCAAUCAAUCGAUGUCGCCGUUGGAGGUGGAUGGGGAAGCUGACUUCCUGCCCGAGUUGAUUGGAAAUAACGAGACCCUGGUGAAUGGCUCCUGGAGGAUGUGGUGGGAAGAGGAGGAGAAGGAACAGGUGAAGCCCAGCCUCCAGACAUGGAACUAUUUAAACGAUCUCCAGGCCUCUCUAGGCCAAUCCUGGCUGUCCUACUGGACCUCGCAGGAAGGGUCAGGGGUGACGGUACUAUCGCCCAUGUACCUCCAGGUGGUCCUGGCUGCACUGUCCCUGGGUGCAGACGGAUCAACCCUCGAAAACCUUCAGAUGAUCUCGGGCCUCUCACACAGCCAGUGUGGAGAUGGCAGCAGCGGCAGUCGGCACUCCCUGGGCAUGCAGCUGCAGCUCUGGCUGCUCCUACGGGAUGUCCUUGCCCAGCAUCGUGACUCAUUGUCCAUCGGCACCUGGAUGAUCUUCCAGGACAGAAUAUGGCUCCAGCGGGCCUUCACUCAGCACCUCCGGCUCUUGCACCCCGAGGUAUGGCUGGGAGCCACCAACUUCAGCCAGCCCCCAUUGGCAGAGGAGUCAAUCAACAACGUCAUCCACCAAGUGACGGGUGGCCGGCUGGACAGCCUGGUGACCGGCCUGAGCCCCAGCACUAAACUGGUGGUAGCCAGUUUCAUUCACUUUAAAGGAAAAUGGAAAACCAGAUCUCAAUGCCAUGGGACAGAACUUCACGAUUUCUUCAACGAUUCAGGGGACAAAGCCCAAGUUCCUAUGACAACUUGGUGUGGCUGGCUUCAGUACAAGACUACUCCUGUAUACACACUGGUUAAACUCCCACUGAGUGAGACAAUGUAUAUGAUGCUAAUUCAGACAAACCAACCAGCCAUGGUGGAGAACAUGGCAAAAACGCUGAUUGUCUACAAAACCUUGAAGCGUUUUCAGACUGGGUUUGUGAGGCUCGUGAUGCCACAGAUUGCGUGGAAAAGCACUUACAAUGUGAAGGAGCAAUUCAGCCAGAUUCCAGAUACGCUGGGUGCUGAAGCCAAUUUCUCCAGGUUAAGCAGGGCCCAAAAUGUGGUGCCAGAACAGGUUUUACACAGCGUUAUUUUUGAAGUUACGGAAGAUGAGGAAGAGCAGAUCACUGCAGAAAAUCUUGCUGUUGGCAACACAACCACAACAGAGAUUAGAUUUAACAAGCCAUUCUUUUUCCAAGUUUAUGAUGGAGUGUUGAACGCAUUGCUGUUUCUUGGAAGAGUAAAGGAACUUCCCUUAAAAUCUAAAUUAAAGAACUUCUAAUGCAUAAUGUAUUCCUGUUUAGUUGAUAAACUAAUCUAGGGAAAGAAGCAGGUAGUUCUUUCUGAGCUAGUUUAAGAGCAAUGGACCAAAUACAUCUUCUGUGUUUCUUGAUCAGGAUAGAUGAUACUAUUAACAUAACAUUUUAAGACUAAAUGAAAUAAAUUGUCCUCAGAGAUAUGAAAAAAAGUAAUAGGUCCACAAUCCCUUAUCCAAAAUCCUUGGGGCCAGUUGCAUUUCGGAAUUCAGAAUUUUACGGAUUUCAGACCACCCCCCCCAUACCAAAAAAUACGUAUGCUCAAGUCCCUUAUUUAACCUGCCUCAGUGUGGUGGAAUUUAGGACCCAGCGGCGCACCAAACCUACGCACAUCCUCCUGUAUAUUUAAA